GGGGGCUUGACAGCUGCCGCCUGGACGCCGAGGUCAAGAGGAGAGAAGCAUGGCUGCGUUGUUUAGGGGCUCCCGAAAUAUAUGGUUGCGGUGCAGCAAGCAUGUCGACUUUGCACUCGUGUCAACACGAUCAAUGGCCUCAAAAACACCGGUGGGGUUUAUCGGUUUGGGAAAUAUGGGUACUCCCAUGGCCAAAAACCUGCUAAAAAAUGGUUACCCUAUCAUUGCCACUGACGUCUUCCCAGAGUCUUGCAAGGACCUGCAAGACACGGGUGCCCAGGUAGUGGAUUCCCCUGCAGAGGUUGCAGAGAAAGCAGACCGUAUCAUCACAAUGCUGCCCUCUAGUCCAAAUGUUAUAGAAGUCUACACGGGUCCAAAUGGUAUCCUCAAAAAAGUGAAAAAGGGGACCCUAUUGAUCGACUCAUCGACCAUUGAUCCUGCUGUCUCCAAAGAAAUGGCUGUAGCUGCAGAGAAGAUGGGUGCUGUUUUCAUGGAUGCUCCAGUGUCAGGGGGUGUUGGGGCUGCCAGCAUGGCCAAGCUGACGUUCAUGGUUGGUGGAGUGGAAGAAGAAUACAAAGCAGCACAGGAACUGCUCACCUGCAUGGGUGCCAAUGUUGUCUACUGUGGACAGGUCGGCACUGGACAGGCAGCGAAGAUCUGCAACAAUAUGCUGCUGGCCAUCGGGAUGAUUGGGACAGCAGAGACAAUGAACCUUGGCAUCAGGCUCGGUCUAGACCCCAAGCUGUUGGCACAGAUCCUCAACAUGUCUUCAGGUCGUUGCUGGUCCAGCGACACGUACAACCCUGUGCCUGGAGUGUUGGAAGGAGUCCCUUCUGCCAACAACUACCAGGGCGGCUUUGGAACGACACUAAUGGCCAAGGAUCUCGGUUUGGCCCAAAACACGGCCACCAACACAAAGACGCCCAUCCCUCUCGGUUCCCUCGCCCACCAGAUCUUCCGAGUCAUGUGCUCCCGCGGCUACGCUAACAAGGAUUUCUCAUCCGUCUUCCAGUUUCUGCGCGAGGAGGAAGGACAGUAAACGGAGGGGGGGGGCAGCUGACCGUACUGCUGUCAUCCACAAAUAUGCGCACGCAGCCACACACACGCAUCAGAACCACGCACCCCAGUGUCCCUUAUCCUACUAAGCUCAGGAGAGACUAAGGCGUUGCCCUCAGGCUCAGAUCCGCAGUCCAAUUAACAACUGUAUUAUGACACAUGUUCCCUCGUUGCUUUAGUUAAAUCUUAUCUUCUAUUCCUGGCCUGCGGUCUUUGUAGAGGAAAUGCUAAAUCCAACCUCCCAUCAGUAUCCAUAGACACUGCAACUCAGUCCACCGGAAGACCAGUUAGUGCUGCGUGUUUACAUUUAACGUUACAAAAAAUCAACGGUUUUUCAUGGUGCUCGGCGAGUAAUAAUUGUACGAAGGUUAAAGGUCGAGUUUGUUUUUGUCACAUUUGUGGUAUAUGCCUGUUAACCUAGAUUAUGUGAGCCUGUCCCUAUUAUAUGAUGGGGGAGGGGACCAAAAACAGAAAUGUAUCGUGUGAUGGAAAUGUAAUUGACCAGGUCUUGUUAUUUCUGUUACUACCCAUAUUUACGAUGUAAGGUUACCAAAACUGGUCGCACUGCAGGCUCGACUCUCACUGAUUUUGUUUCAUUUGCUUGUUCAUCACAAGAAAGUAGUUUCUUCAAGGCAUUUCACGUUUGGUUAUUGCAUAAGUCAAUGAGUACAUUGUCUUACCUGUUACCUGAAAUUGCAGUAGUUUGGGAUCUGUGCUACUCUAUUUAAGCUCCUUCUUGCUGAGUUGACCAGUCCUUGCCUACAAUGCUGUAGAAUAAAUUUCUGGCUAUUUUUGUACCAAGUGCAUCGCAGUGCGAUGUGCUGAGCCAUUUUGAUACCGUUACAGACUCUGUUUGAACUUGCUUCUUUUCUCUUCUGUCAACAUCUGCUUAUUGAGCCAUCAACUUAUUCCUUUGUGACCAGUGCUGUUGAAUUGUACACUAAUAUCUUCAAAAAGAAGUUCUCACUGUAUAGCACCUUCUUUGUACCCGUUUUCUCCUGAAAUAUUACCCCCCACCUCUCUUCACGCAUCCACUGCAUCUGUGUAAAGUGUCGGGCAGGAAAAGUUCCUUCCUGCUCUGAGAAAUGUACAGAAUUUAUUUUUCAGAAUAUUGUGUGACAUUGAGAUGGACAAUCACGUUUUCUUUCCAUUUUUAGUAAAAGUAAAUUAUGCUGUCUACAGUUUCUUUGCUCUGUGAAACAGAUCCUAACUGACACUGUAGACAAAGAUUAAAGAUGCUCUGUGUAUUUGGUGUUCUGUUAGUGAUGUGCUUUGGAAUUUACAUCAGGUAUAUUUUCUGAAACACCUCACCAUUUAUCUGGGCUUGGGAGCAGCACUAUCAAUGUGGGGUUGGUUGCACAUGACAGGGUGGGAUUUGGUCCGACAACCAUUCGGUUGUGUGAUUGUUGAAUUCACAGAAAUCCAGGGUGUUAGUUUGGUUUUUUUUAUUAUCCUGUCAAUAAGCACAUCAUAAUGAAGCAGUCAACAGGAAAAGCGUCAAAAAAACGUGUCUGUAAGCUCAGGAAACCCCCUAAAGCACAGUAACGAAAACAUUUGGGACAAAAAUGUAAAAUUCAGCAUUUAAGAGCGUCACCUUAGUAUGCUGUAAAGGUGAGAAAAGGCUAAAUAUAAAUCUAGAAGAGGACAACAAGAAGCCCUUAUUAGCGUCUCUCGUUUACCACGCACAUCACAAAACAAUAUAUUUACAGAAAAUAUAGCUGAUGCUAACAAAGCAAGUUAAGAAAAUUCACCCAGCAAGACGAAUACGUGUCCAAAUAAAAAGUGAAGAAAUUUUUGCACUGAGAAUGUCAAGACACUGGUAUUUAUUUAUUUUAUUUCACCUUUAUUUGAUAUAGAGGGGCAAUGUACCUACAUGUGAAAUGUAAAUGCACCCAAUUAUAGCCAGAAGUCUAAUUUCCAUAGUAGUCCCCCUGCCAGAUGGAGCAUGGCAAUACAACCUAAUGAUAAAAGCAACAUGUAUAAAAAUAAAUACA